UAGUCGCCGGAGACCGGAGUGGCAGUAGGGUCUGGAGCGACACACUGAUCGGAUGCUUUCGUUAUAGUCGCUCCCAUUAUUAUACCGCUUAUUGGUACGGUUCUAUUUUUAUUCUGAUCAAGCUCGGAACUUGAAAAGCAUCCACGAUGCGAGCCGACGAGGACAAUCUCUACCGAGAGCAGUUGCCCAAUUUGGGAACGCUUAUCAGGGAUGGGGGCCGUAAGCUGUGUCGUCCGGCGACCGUGACCAACAAGUUCCCCAUCCUGAAAUGGCUACCCCGCUACCGGGUGGAGUACAUCAUGCAGGACUUCAUAGCAGGAUUCACCGUGGGACUGACCACCAUACCGCAAGCCAUAGCCUAUGGUAUUGUGGCUGGUUUGGAGCCCCAGUACGGCCUUUACUCGGCCUUUAUGGGCUGCUUUACUUACAUAGUUUUUGGCUCCUGCAAGGACGUCACAAUUGCCACCACUGCUAUCAUGGCCCUAAUGGUCAACCAGUAUGCCACUAUUAAUCCGGACUAUGCUGUUCUCUUGUGCUUCCUGGCUGGAUGCAUAGUUUUGGUUCUGGGCCUUCUCAACAUGGGAGUACUGGUGCGGUUUAUAUCGAUUCCUGUGAUCACCGGCUUCACCAUGGCGGCAGCCACCACCAUUGGCAGUGCGCAGAUUAACAACAUUGUGGGUCUUUCCAGUCCUUCAAAUGAUCUGCUACCCGCUUGGAAGAAUUUCUUCACCCACUUGACUUCAAUUAGGUUGUGGGAUGCCCUGCUGGGUGUGUCCUCCCUUGUGUUUCUGCUGCUCAUGACGCGCGUUAAGGACAUCAGGUGGGGAAACCGAAUUUUCUGGAAGUACCUCGCUCUUUCCCGUAAUGCUCUUGCUGUGAUAUUUGGCACCUUCCUGGCAUACAUCCUUAGUCGUGAUGGUAAUCAGCCUUUCAGGGUUACUGGAAAUAUUACAGCCGGAGUCCCGCCCUUCCGCCUUCCUCCCUUCAGCACAACGGUGGAUGGCGAGUAUGUGUCCUUUGGUGAGAUGAUCAGUACAGUCGGAGCCUCCCUAGGAUCCAUUCCCUUGAUCUCAAUCUUGGAAAUCGUGGCUAUUUCCAAGGCCUUUUCAAAAGGAAAAAUUGUAGAUGCCUCCCAGGAGAUGGUGGCUCUUGGUAUGUGUAAUAUUAUGGGUAGCUUUGUGCUCUCCAUGCCGGUCACUGGAUCCUUUACGCGUACCGCUGUGAAUAAUGCCAGUGGUGUUAAGACGCCACUCGGAGGAGCUAUCACCGGAGCUCUGGUCCUCAUGGCUCUAGCUUUCCUCACUCAGACCUUCUAUUAUAUACCAAAGUGCACGUUGGCUGCCAUUAUCAUAGCUGCCAUGAUAUCAUUGGUGGAACUGCACAAGGUCAGGGAUAUGUGGAAGUCGAAAAAGAAGGAUCUGCUUCCAUUUACUGUCACUUACUUUACUUGUGUGUUCUGGAGUUUGGAAUACGGAAUUCUUUGCGGAAUAGCAGCUAAUCUGGUAUAUAUACUCUACAGCAGUGCCCGACCCCAUGUGGAUAUAACAUUGGAAAAAAUAAAUGGUCAUGAAGUCUGUCUGGUGGACGUAAAACAAAAACUGGACUAUGCAUCCGCGGAGUACUUGAAGGAGAAGGUAGUGCGUUUUCUGAAUCAUCAAAAUGGAGAAACCCAGUUGGUGAUCAUUAAGGGCGAGGAGAUAAACUCCAUUGAUUACACCGUGGCAAUGAACAUUGUCUCCAUGAAAGGCGAUUUGGAGGCUCUUAACUGCGCCAUGAGCUGCUGGAACUGGAACAUUGGCUCCGCAGGAGUAGUUUGCCGUUUGAACAGUGACAUGCGGCCUAUCUUUAAGUUCGAUGUGACGCUGGAGGAGCUGGUGGCCGCCCACUUCGAUAGUCCUUCCAACACUGCCUCCACAGUAACCAUUGGAGCUUAAGCAAUUUACUUUUUACUAAUAUUUAAGCUGAAAGUAUUACCUCAAGAUCGUAUUUGACUAAAGUUGCAUCUAGAAAAUGAAAAA